AGUGACGUUGUAGUAGUACGCUGGUUGGUCUAAUCUGAUAGGUAUAACUAGAAGCAGCGUGGUCAAGGACACCGGCUGAACCAGAGCAGAUAUCGAGGAAGCAGCAAGCAGAGGAACCUCGUGUCAAAGGCUGACAGGGAAGCUGUGGUGAAGAGAAGAUUGAAGCAGCAAUGGACCAGGCAAGGUCAACGAUAUCCAAAAUUUUUAACGGGGAGCCCCACUCCUACACCCGUUUCAAUCUGACCCAGAACAUGGAAGGCGAUAACAGCCAGGUGGAGAUGAAGCUGGCGUCCGACGUGGACGAAGAGGUCGGAGGAAAUGGCGUGGGAGAGCACCUCAAUCACAACUCCACCCGCAAACCCUAUGUGACUCAAAAGCUUGGACGCACACCGAAGAACCUCUGCUUCAUGGCAGCAGCCACCCUCCUCAUCUUUAUCAUCGGGUACUUGAUUGGCUACCUGGUUCAUCGGAAGAAGGAUGCGGCUCCUAUCUGUUCAGCCUCCGUGGUCCGUGUCCCGGGGCCCAUUCCCCAUGAGACAGGUGCUGCCGCCCUGAUGGACUGGGACGAUGUCAAAAAACUCCUCGCUCAGAAAGUCUCUGCAGACAAAUUUGAAUCUGUCUUCAAUGAGUUGUCCCUUAACGAACACCGGGCUGGUUCUUCGGGUGACGAGUUUCUGGCGAACAAGGUGGUCAGGAAGUUUAAAGAGUACGGCAUGAUGACGUGGACCGAUGAGCACUUUGUUAAGGUUCAGGACCCCCCAGCUACUGGCUCCAACAGAUUUAGUUUCAAGAAUGGGAGCGAUGAGCGCCCAGAGGGAUUCCUGUCCUACAGUGCCAACGGAGUAGUAACGGGUGCUGUCUUGUAUGGAUUUUAUGGACAGGAAAAUGACUUGAAGUUGCUGCGGGACAAGAGCAUUAACCUGACUGGCAGGGUGCUGCUGGUCAGAGCUGGUCGGAUCAGCUUUGCCGAGAAGGUGGCCAAUGCUGCCAAAAUGGGUGCCUCUGCUGUUUUGAUCUACCCUGACCCCGAGGAUUACCCUAUCGGAGACAACAUUCCACUUUUUGGACAUGUCCACAUGGGUUCAGGUGAUCCCUACACCCCAGGCUUCCCCUCCUUCAACCACACCCAGUUUCCACCUGUCCAGUCUUCAGGUCUUCCGAAAAUCUUGGCCCAGACCAUCACAACAGGCAUGGCCACCAGAAUUCUGAGGCAGCUGGGGGGUCAGAAUGAGCCGGAUGGGUGGGGCGGUCUCAACAGACUGGGAGACUUGAGCGAUGUUAUCACCGUGGAAGUCAGGAACGUCCUCGCUGAGAAAAAGAUAAACAACGUCUUUGGGGUCAUCAAAGGCUUUGUGGAUGCAGAUCGAUAUGUUGUUAUCGGCGCCCAGAGGGACGCUUGGGGUCCAGGUUUUGCCACAUCGACAGUUGGCACCAGCGUCCUCGUUGAACUGGCACGUUCCAUCUCAGAUAUGGUGAAGAAUGACGGAUUCAAACCGCGGAGAAGCAUUGUGUUUGCGAGCUGGAGUGCUGGAGAAUAUGGGAGUGUUGGCGCCACUGAGUGGCUGGAGGGUUAUCUUUCCUCUCUGAGCAUGAAAGCAUUCGCCUACAUCGAUCUGGAUGGAGUUGUAACAGGUCAGAAAGGAUUUAAAGUGGCGGCCAGUCCUUUGAUGCACAGCCUGAUUGAGAGCACUCUGACUGAGGUGAAGACCAAGACAGGGACUCUCUCUUCUCAAUAUGGAAGGGGAAACUGGGAAUCAAAUGUGUUGGAGCCUCUGAAGUUGGAUAGUGCUGCCUAUCCUUUCCUUGCCUUUUCUGGCAUUCCCUCAGUCUCUUUUGGUUUCACCGCUGGUAACUCAGACUACCAGUUCUUUGGCACAAAGCUGGACACCCGGGGCAACCUGAACAUAGCUACGGGCAACCAGGUUCCUCAGCUGGCUGAAAAAUCAACCCAGUUCGCAGGUCACAUGGUGCUCAGGCUGGUCCAUGAUCAUCUGCUGCGGAUGGACCUGAUGAAGUACGACAAGAUCAUACGUACUCACGUGGCUCAGAUCAACGGGAAGGUCAAGGCUGUUCAGAGGAUGCAGCCUCAGCUGCUGCCCAAGGCUCUGACAAUGCAGUGGUUGAUGUCGGCCUCCGGCUCCUACAGCCGCGCCUCUCGCCAGCUGGCGUCAGACAUCCAGAACAGUGACCUGGAGGACAUUGAGAUGUGCCGUGUCAUCAAUGACCGCAUAAUGACGGUGGAAAGGAACUUCCUGUCCCCCUACGUGUCUCCCAGAGAGAGUCCUUUCCGCCACAUCCUGCUGGGCUCCGGACCUCCCACUCUCAAGGCCCUGUCCAACCACCUUGAAGCUCUCAGGUCCGACCACCCUGACGCAGACGCCGACCUGUUCCGUAACCAGUUUGCUCUGGCGACCUGGACCAUUCAGGGCUGUGCCAACUCGCUGGCAGGGGACAUCUGGGCUAUGGAUAAUGAAAUCUAAAAAAAGUAGUUUCCCCCCAGUCUCCUCUGUUAAUAAUUUGACCCUCAUAUUACAACUGACAGUCGGCUGUGAUCAUUAACAGUCACAGAUGCACAGCUUUUUAAAUUUAAGAUGAGGAAAUGAUCAAAGUGGAGCCGUUACUAAAUGAGAAUCACCUCUGUUCCAUAAUUUCAAUGCUCGAGUGAUGAGCUCAUUUCAUUUCCAUGAAGCCAAACAUUAAUGAUAAAAAUGUACUUAAGCCUUACGCCUUAACAAAAAAGUUUAGAGGGUCAUUUUCUUUUCUUUUCUUCACUUCAGAAAGAAAAAUACUUUAAUAAUUGCCGCAUUCUGAAUACUUUGGUGCUACUAACGUCUGCAUUCACAUCGCCACGUCAUGUGGCAGCACUUCUUGAAUUGGUGUUACCCAACGAAUGAGUUGAAUGUAGUGACAUUGAGGCUUUUUCAGCACAGUAUCAGGUCAUUAAUACAGGAGAGGCUGUAUUCUCCAGCUCAGAGAUGAAUGAAAUUCAAAAGGCCAGUAAGACAUUAUAAGCUAACGUCCACCUGUUUACCAUAAUUGAUACAAAUCUAAACUGCUGGUAUUAAACCCACUGGUGCUGCGUAAUCCUUGUGUUCACAUCUGAGCUGGUUUCCGUUGGUAGCUCUAAUUUCAUACUGUGCCGAAAUCUUUUGUUUAUCAGUUACUCACCAUGUCACCUUGAGUUCGUGAAGAAAACUUUGAUUUUCUUGAUUGCCUCCACAGUGAAGGAAGAAUCCAAAAAGGCGAAUAUUCUUCAUGAAUUAAAGUUAAAAGGGGCGGCGUUUAACAACAGCAAAAUUUUAUCAAAACAUCUGUUUACAAACAACUCGUGUAGUAUAAUCCAAGUCUCAUUAAUCCAGUCAUAUGCUCAGUACUUCCCAAACACAUGCACUUUUGUUAAAAUUAAGGCUGUCGAAAUACUGGUCCAUGGUGCCCUUUGACCUGGUGUGUCAUUGAGGCCACAGUGGCUUUUUCCUAUGACGGAGGCAGACGAGGCGACGCUGCUUGGACCCGUGAAUGGAACAUUUACAUUUAAAAAAAUGCCCAAAUGGAACAGUUGAUAGGAGCACUGUUCUCUGCAGUUUCUGGAGUAAGGAAUAUCGUACCACCCGAGCACUUAGUCUGAAAUAUCACCUCAACACAAAGCAUUUAGCAGUGAACCAGGAGGUCCGAGCUAGCACAGCCUACGAUGUUAGCGCUAGCAGCCAGCCUCGUCAUGUCACACUCAGCCAGGCGUUCAGACACAAGCUGAGUGUGACUGCCUGUGACUGACUAACUCACUUCGUUGCAAAAUGGACUGCAGGCCUGUUUCUGUGUUAGAGGACAAUCACAAAAUCUGAUACGAUUUUGAUCUGCGAUCGAUUUGAGAUGAAUAUCUUCAUUGUCUCUUUCUGGGCUGCUCUUCAUUGUCUGCCUGGCGCUAUGCCGUUAGCACUGUUUGAAUGUUUAGGAAGAUGUGCUAGAGGCAGUGUACACCCUGGUCAGGUCACCAGACUAUCACAGGGCUGACACAUAGAGACAGACAACCAUUCACACUCACAUUCACACCUACGGAUAGUUUAGAGUCACCAAUUAACUUGCAUGUCUUUGGACUGUGGGAGGAAGCCGGAGUAAAACCCACACUGACACGGGGAAUCAUGUAAGUUCCCCCACCCUGGGUUCAAACCAGGGACCAUCUUACUUUUAGGGAACAAUGCUAACAAUCCAUGCUACUCAUCCAUACAUGAGACUGUUGGUACUGACGUAUUGGGAAUUGUAAGGUUCUAGGUGUUUUUGUGAAGUGCUGAGAAUACGACCGGAUAAAUGAGACUUGGAUAACACAGCACCAGCUGUGUGAAUUUGUAAACAGCUCUUUUAAUAUAGUUUUGCUGUUGUUGAACGCUGUUCCUGUUUACUUCAAUUCAUGAGGCAUGUUCGCCUUUUUUUGGAUUCUUCGUUCACAGUGAAGGCAUGCAAGAAAUUGAAGGUUUUCUUCAUGAAUUCAACCUAACGUGGUGAGUAACUGAUAUACAAAGAGUCAUUUUGUGGGUGAAAUAUUGCUCUAAAAGUCCUAACUUCAUGCAACAAUUUAAAAAAAGAAAUCUGAAUUUGAUUACCUCAAUCGGCCGCCUCCUGACAUUAAUUCUCUGUAGGCCUUUCAAAAAACAGAGGAAGAAGGUCUCCAACCAUGUGGCACUGAACAAACCGUACGUCUAUUUAUUGUGUUAUUUAUUUAUCAGUGGCAGGGUUCACUAUAAAUAGUUUUUUUAAUUGCCUUUUAUAAGAAAAAAAAUAAUAGUGUAUAAUUAUCGGGAGCAGUGCCUUCCAUAAUUAUGACAGUUAUACUGUCGAAAUGACAAAAGCAGCAUCUGCUAACAGAAGCGUAUGUGUCGACCGACGUCCGGUACUGAGCACUGAACGAUAAUUGCACAACUCUGAGGUCAUUUUUUUAAUAACUGACACUGGAUUGGUCUUUAAGACAAGAUCAGCUCACAUAUCACACCUUGGAAAGUAUUACCAAACACCUCUGGGUGUCAGUAGCGGUCCCUUGGUACACGUACGCCUCUCGUCCUGACAACAUUAUCGGGAGCAGUGUCUUCCAUAAUGUGAAGAAAAAGAAGAAGGUAGUUUUUGCCUACCAGUGUGCAUUUGUAUCGGAGGCAGUGCCCUCCAUAUUUCACUGUAGGAGUGGAUGUUUUUAUUAUCGGGAACAGUGUUUCCCAUAAUGUCUGUAUAUACAGUACAUUGCUACAUGCUCUCCACAUCUUUAGAUCACUUCCCAUGCUUGUGUAGUUUCCUCCGAGGAAAAGUUUUAACAUCAGCUCUUAUGAAAGCAUCUCCCGUCCGUUUCAUUAGCGAGGUGAAGAGGCCGUCUUUGCUUUGUCUGGGUUUCCUUUGUGAGCUCAUUUUAAUCACACGCUGAUAAUGUGUUGUCUUUUCUUUGGGCUUCAUGAUUUGGAGGGUCUUUGCUUUAAAGAAAGAAAAUGUUAGACAUGUUGGGACCACUGGUUACAGUGGUGUGGUCCAUACUUCCAGAGAAGAUCACUACUCUGCAAAUUUGUGUUUUGAAAGUUCUUCCUGCUGUUUUGAUGUGUUUAUUCAUUCAGAGAUUUUUCCUUGUGCCUUUUUGUUUCACAACUGCAUUUUAGAGCUGAGUUUCUACAGUACAGUACUUACAGAAGUUUUGGAGGAUGUGUAUUUGGCUUGUUUUGUUUAGUUUUGACAUUUCUGUAUUUUUCCCCCCUGUUGCUGGCUAGAAUCAAGUUACUGGUUUAAAGGCCUGUUAUGCUACAGCAGCUUUAGAUAAAGUAUGAGAAUUUGUGAAAUAGAAAGUAAAAAUCAAUGUAAAUGGGAUUUAAAAAUUACAUUUAAUGUUACAGUCCUUUAGCUAAUCUGCUAAAUCUGGUCACUCAUAUUUAGUUUUUUAUUUUAUUGUAUGAAAACCACCAUGUCUCAGCAGAAAACCCUGAAUCAGUAACAAUUUUAAAAUGAUGUGUUAACCAUUCCUACAUUCAUGGUUUGAGUGAUUAAACUGAUGUGCUGGGAUAUAAUGAGGAAUGUUCUACAUGCACACAUAAGAGCUGAUCUACAGUAUUGGUUCAUGUUUGACAAUGACAACAUGGAUAAAGAUAUUUGGAAAUUGUUAAAAUAACAAUACAUUUUUUUCUGUAUACAGAUUUGCUUCGCUUCACUUUUUUGUUGCUGCAAUAAACGAUCACAUCACAACUGUCGAA